UGACCUUUCGUACCGUUGCCUACCUGCUAGAACACGGCAGUAUCAUCCGCCUUUGAAUGGAAUUGUUGUUUGUGUUUGACGUUAAUCUGCACUGAGAAGACACCACAAGACACCGGAUUGCGUUCAUAGGAAAUAUUCUAACUCGGUCCUUUAAAUAACGUUCCGCUCGUACUUUAUGCAUUAUUAGUAAGUAAAGCCGUGUCAUACAAAUAUCGUGACCCUCACCCUUUAACUAGCCGGUAUCGGAACACAAUGACAUGGACGCAGCUACAAAUGACGUCUCCCACGCGAGUACCGCUUCUUUUCUACAACAGAGUUCACAUUACUGCAAAAGUAACUGGAUGAAAUGUGUAAUUAAUAUCGGAAUUUCUGAAAUGCCAGUGUGGGUGACGUUUAUAUGAGACAGAAUGUUUACCCUCACAGAAGUUGCCUCCCUAAAUGACAUCCAGCCAACCUAUCGAAUACUGAAACCAUGGUGGGACGUCUUCAUGGAUUAUCUGGGUGUGGUCAUGCUUAUGCUGGCCAUAUUUGCUGGGACCAUGCAGUUAACCAAAGAUCAGGUGGUUUGCCUUCCUGUUCUGGAAUCGUGGGAGGACCCCAAUUCCAUGUCACAGGAAAAGCCACCAGAGAAAGCCUUAGGCUUAGGAGGCGGCCAUAUGACAUUGGCAGCUGCCCCUUUGGCAAGCAAAGAACAAACCGACAGUGUUGCCCAGCAGAAACAUCUCCCACACUCCUCUGCUGUCGGUCAUACUAAGCCUACAGGUCUUCGAACAAACCUGGAUUUUCAGCAGUAUGUGUUUGUUAAUCAGAUGUGCUACCAUGUUGCCCUCCCUUGGUAUUCAAAGUACUUUCCAUAUCUCGCCCUCAUACACACUAUUGUACUUAUGGUAAGCAGUAACUUUUGGUUCAAGUAUCCAAAGACCAGUUCCAAAAUUGAGCAUUUUGUGUCUAUUUUGGGUAAGUGUUUUGAGUCCCCUUGGACAACCAAGGCAUUGUCUGAGACAGCCUGUGAGGACUCUGAAGAGAAUAAGCAAAGACUUACUGGAGCCUCUACAUUACCAAAACAUUUUUCCACCAGCAGUGAAGAGGGAAGUCCGAAUCAGUCGACACCCAUGCUUGGAAAAUCUGGUAUUAAGUUUUCUGCAGAGAAGCCAGUCAUUGAAGUUCCAAGCAUGACUAUACUCGAUAAAAAAGAUGGAGAGCAGGCUAAAGCCCUUUUCGAGAAAGUAAGGAAGUUUCGAACACAUGUCGAGGACAGUGACUUGAUCUACAAACUGUAUGUAGCUCAGACUAUAAUAAAAACUGUCAAAUUUAUUUUGAUCCUAUGUUACACAAUGACGUUUGUCACAUCCAUUCAUUUUGACCAUGACUGUGAGCCAGACAUUAAACAUUUAACUGGCUACACCAAAUUCAAAUGUACCCAUAACAUGGCACACAUGUUGAAAAAGCUGCUUGUUAGCUACAUUGUCCUCAUUUUUGUUUAUGGCUUGGUUUGCAUUUAUACACUGUUUUGGCUGUUUAGACGGCCUCUUAAGGAGUACUCCUUUGAGAAAGUUAGAGAGGAAAGCAGUUUUAGCGAUAUUCCAGAUGUAAAGAAUGACUUUGCUUUCCUCCUUCACAUGGUGGACCAGUAUGACCAGUUAUACUCAAAGCGAUUUGGUGUCUUUCUCUCAGAAGUAAGCGAGAACAAACUUCGGCAAAUCAGUUUAAACCAUGAGUGGACAUUUGAGAAACUACGGCAACACGUGACUCGCAAUGCACAGGAUAAACUUGAGCUGCAUCUUUUCAUGCUCUCAGGUGUGCCUGAUGCAGUCUUCGACCUCACCGAUUUAGACGUCUUAAAAUUAGAGCUCAUUCCUGAGGCACGGAUCACAGCAAAAAUUUCCCAGAUGGUCAACCUCCACGAGUUGCACUUUUACCACUGCCCCGCCAAAGUCGAACAGACUGCAUUUAGUUUUCUCCGUGAUCACCUACGGUGCCUUCAUGUCAAGUUUACGGAUGUAGCGGAGAUUCCCACCUGGGUUUAUAUGCUAAAGAACUUGAGAGAACUCUACUUGGUGGGAAACCUGAACUCUGAGAACAACAAAAUGAUAGGAUUAGAGUCCCUCAGGGACCUGAGGCAUCUCAAGAUUCUACAUUUGAAGAGCAACCUCACCAAGAUUCCAACUAACAUCACAGACUUAUCACCCCAUCUGAUCAAACUUGUGGUACACAAUGAUGGUACUAAACUUGUGGUAUUAAACAUCUUGAAAAAGAUGAUGAACCUUGCUGAGCUUGAGCUGCAUAAUUGUGAACUAGAGAGGAUACCACAUGCGAUAUUCAGUUUGACCAACCUGCAGGAGUUGGACUUGAAAUCCAACAACAUUCGUACCAUUGAGGAGGUUAUCAGCUUCCAGCACCUCAAAAGACUUAACUGCCUUAAACUAUGGCACAAUAAGAUUAUUUCCAUUCCAUUGUCAAUAAGUCAUGUCAAAAACCUAGAGUUUCUCUAUCUUUCACAUAACAAACUAGAGACCUUACCUACCACUCUGUUUAAUCUCCUCAAACUGAGAUACUUGGAUGUUAGUCAUAACUCCAUUGUAGUGAUCCCUCCAGAUGUGGGCUUUCUUCAGAACCUUCAGCAUUUUGCAAUCACAGGAAACAAGGUGGAAGUGGCGCCCAAGCAGCUGUUCAAAUGCACAAAGUUGCGUAAUCUGUCCCUUGGGCACAACUGCAUCUCUCUACUGCCAGAGAAAAUCGGGCAGUUGUCGCAGCUAACUCAUCUUGAGCUAAAAGGGAACUGCCUGGAUCGUCUGCCUGCACAACUUGGCCAAUGCCGGCUCUUGCGCCGAAGCGGCCUCAUUGUGGAGGACCACCUUUUUGAUUCACUUCCCCUAGAGGUCAAAGAGAGCAUCAGUCAGGAAACCAAUGCUACACUUGCAAACGGAGUGUGAUUGUGGAAUAGAAGAAAAUUAUUCAUUGGUUGUACUAUAAAGUCUAACAGUUAAAGAAAAUGGGAAAUUCACUGGGUGCUUCUAAAAAUGUAAAUUGCUGCUUCCUUGUUUUCUCAAUCCACCAUUUUCAGCCUAUGACCUGGAAAUUAGGAUGCAAGUACAGGAAACUAGGAAGCGCAAUUUGUGAAAUGAGAAGCAUUCAAUAAUUCUGUAGCUUUUUAUAUCCAGAACACUUGGUGUAAACAUUUGGUUCAGUAUGAAAGGUGAUUUGUUAUCAGUCUCUGAACAAACAAAGCCCACAACAAAUGUCUAGUAAGCAAAUAUGAAACUCGUGGAAUGUAACUAUGCUUGGUGCAUAGAAAGAAAAAUAUCUGAAGGGUGUUUCAGAACUUUUUAAAUGUUUAGAAUUUUUAUGUCUGUCUUCAUGGUUAAAUUUUUUUUUGUUAAGGUCUUUGCUGUGUUAUGGUGUAGCAAUAAAUCAGAUCUUACUGUUACCAUUUCUGUUAAUUAAGCUGUCAGCUGUAGGCACAGUCUGCAUAACAUUGUACGUUGUGGUACAGUGAAAGACUGUAUGUAUUUUUUUGGAAGAGCUCAGAACAACUGACAUUUAUAACUCUUGGACAAAAGUGUUAAAAAGAAAAAGUGAAAUACGAGUACUACCUGGUCAGCUUGAUAGAAUAAAACUUGUGUGGUUUGAGUGAAGUACAGAAUGAAACCUCAAUGUUCACAUUUAGAACAGACUCCCCAUAUCCAUCUUGAGGCUGAAUCAAACUCAAGCGUACUGUAUAUUUACAGCACAAUUUAGUUCUGGCCUGUUCCAUCUUUUGUGAAAAAUACUUUCCAGAUAUUUGCACAAGUUUAUGUUAACUCUGUCGUUAACUGAAUAAUAGUGUCAUACAGUACAUGAAUUACCCAUGCUUUUGCAGCAACAUCUAAUAAGCACACCUAAAAUAAUACUGUGCAUUGCACAUUAGUGUCAAUACAUGAACAUGUUACCACUAACUUCAUAUUUUCAUGUUGGUUACAAAAGUAAUGCACAAGUGACUUGAUAUGGCUUGUGAAUGAUUUGUACAACACCAUGGUAUGAUGGGACAGGCCUUCUAAUGUGCAUACAAUCAAUGGUCCUUGCUGCUCACAAAGCUCCAACUGACAUGUAAAGUUAACGUACUGACCCUAUAUAUAUUCUGAUGUCAUAUCUAUGACUACCAUCUGCUUACAGAAACAGUUAGCCGGUACUGACAAGUAAUGUAAAGUGUAUGUCACUGUUAGCACCACAUACUGUGCAUUGUGCAUGCUCAUGCCUCUAACUUUUGAGGCAAGUUUUGGAUAAACCCUAACCUGAACCUCAGUGGUUGUUUUUUUAUUUCUCUAUGAACAAGAGUCACUAAUGUGUGAAAAAAAAUGAUUCAGCUCUAUGGGUAAAAGUGUCAUUGUGUCCUUCGUAUUUAUCAAAUGGCUUACUUGCUUUUCUGAAAUGCUGUCGGAUUGAAAGCUUGUAUCUCCAAAACUGACACUUUACAGCAAAUGAAAAAACCCACUAUUUUCCAAAUAAAGACUUUGUUGUCAAAGUUGACAAGCUCUUUUUAAAACUUCUUACUGGUAAAUAUUUGCAACACCCAAAGACAAACAUGAAGGUGGACCAAUAGUAUGAUUUAUGAAAAAAUCUGGAACAAUUGAGAUUUCACAAGGUUUCUGUCCGAUACUAUACUAAAUACUAAAUGAUGAGGCACCUGUCUGCUUCCUUCGCAGACGUGGAACUUAAUAUUCAUUGAAUUAAUUUGGAUAAUGUCUGUUAUAUUUGUUUUCUUUUGUUGAAAUCAAUAACAUUUCAUGACAAACAAAGAUAAUAUGGUCCUUUUUGUUCUUACCACAUUUCACAUAAGUUGUCUAGCCAUUUUGUGGAAUCACUGUAGCCAAACUAUAUUUAUCCUUCUGAAAUGCUGCAGGUUCUAAUCUGUAAUUGGUAUCGUUGUGACCCUUCAAGAAUCUUCAGAUUUGAGGUCUUGCCAGGCUUUAAAAUCAUUCAUGUUUAAAACGUGUGACUAACAAUAAUUUUAAACUAUUGAUUUAUUUUACAUAUAUGUUAAGAUAACUUUUAAUGUGAUUCCGGUGAUUUACAUUAAAAUACUAUGUUUGGGAAACCUGAAGGAAUUAUAGACAAAUCAUGGUUUGAUUGAAAAUCAGUUUUAUUUAUGUAGAAUUGUAUUAAUUUUCUAUAGCCUAGUGUAACUAUGAUAUAUCUAUUGAUUCCACCUAAAUUAAAUUAUGUGUACUUUGAGGUACAUGAAACACUUAAGGUCAUUCCAACUGAUAUUUUUGGAAUAGUGACAAAUGUUCAUGUUUUCUUUUUCAGCUAUACUUGUGUAAUGCUCUUUGACCUUGAAUGUAGCCUAAUGUAUCCCUUGCUGUUUUAGCCUUUCCUUUUUUGAUGGAAAGGAGAAUGAAGUUAGCCUGCUUUGCUCCUAAUGGUAUGUUUUAAAAAUGUUCGACUUGCCAUUUUUAAUAUAAUAAAU